UUACCUGAAGCUUUCAAUACGUGGCUCAGGUGAGUGAAGCUGGCAUCAAUUUUAUGUCUCGACUUGCGAACAAAAAUCCAUAUUCUGCUUCAUGUAGAUAUCGGACAGGAAAGUGACAAUCAUUUUGAAACUGACAGGUGUUUGUGAUAUAUGUUCUGUGGUCGUGUAGCGGAGUUUGCACAGCGUUGUUGACGUGGAACACGGACUAUUUGUUUGUAUGGCGAUUCAGUGUGUAGAAUGUUGUUGAUUAACGUGACAGCAGUAACUGACCACUAGAUGACCAUGGAGACGGAGCAAAUUGUUGACCCGGACAAGUCGUGGAGACGAUCCACUAAAAGUCUGUUUAAGUCUAUCAAGCAUGCAUUCGGAGUGUCUUCGAAGAAAAAGCAAUUGCUAAAUGCCGCCCUGGAUGCCUCUUCAACAAGUGACGACCUGUCACAAGAACAGAAAGAAAAUGUGUCAGCAGUUGACGACGGAUCUUUCCUGAGCUAUGAACCAGAUGCUCAGAGUCAGAGUCCAACUAAAAGCAGCACAGACAUGGGUGACAUGAAAACUGUAGGCACACCCUCAAGUGAAACACAUGUCGGGGGUGACAUGAAAACUAUAGGCACACCCUCAAGUGAAACACAUGCCGUGGGGCCUGCUGGGGACUUCAAACGCAGUCCCCAGGACCGGGACUUCAAACGCAGUCCCCAGGACGGGGACCGGGCUGGGGCGGACACACAGUCAGUGGACACAGGCCUUUCUGGGGUGUCGGGGAGUAGCAAGGCCGACUCAACCAACUCCAGUAGACCCACAUCAGCUGCCAGCUCGAGAAGCCCACUACAUAAGGAAAAAGAUGCAGCAAAGAGACUCAAAGAAAAAGACCGAGAAGAACGAGUUCGUCAGGCCCGAGAGAGGAUGGCGGAAGAGAGACAGAAGAAAUUUGAAGAGCUUAAGGAACAACAGCGUCUUGCCCAAGAAAACAGAGAGAGACAACUUGAGAUGAGAAGGCGUAAAAUUGCUGAGCUUCGUCAGCGUGAGGAUGAACGUAGAGCUGGUGUAGAGGAGAGGAGAAAGAAAAAAGAAGCAACUGAAAGACAACGUCGGGAGGAAAUCAUCUACAGGGCGCAGGAGCGAGUGGCCCGGUAUGAGCAGUGGAAACUCGGGGGACGCAAAGGUGGGAGUGGUCACGUUUUCGGCUUUGGUAGCCGCACACCUCGUGAGAUUUGCCAGCCUUCUGAGCGACCAAAGCGGUCAUCUUCUCAUAGUGCGCUUAUACGCCGCUCUCCUAAUGGUUCCGACUCGGACUAUGCGCGACCACAGCGUCGUGCUCUGUCUGCCUGUAGCACUGUGCGACGGCACUGUUGUAUUGACAUUAACCAUAUUACUGGACCUUGCCCUGGUGAGAACCCCCCUUCCAAGCAUUUGUCGGUCUCCAUGAGUGUGCUUUAUCACAAACGAAACCCAGACUUUGCUUCUUCGGGUAUGCUUAACAACAGACCAGACUCUUUGUUGGCUCUCAACGCCAUCCCAGAAGGUCGCCGAUCUAUUCUAGCACCCAGCAUCCCUCCGCCUCAACGGCCAAAGAGCACAGUGGGUCUAAACUCGGUUCGGCUCAGGGAGCAGAAACCUCGUAAGCCACGCCCAGCCAGUAUUGCUAGCAGUAUGCCCAGCUUCAUGCAUGUGGAAAUUCCAAACCAGGCAUCCCCACGGAGCAAGAGCACUGACAGGCUCUCGAGAGCAGACAAACCUAAUAGAACUCCUCGGAAGUCUUUAGGCAAUCAAAUCAUGGAGAGAAAGAAGGAGGAAGAGAAGAAAGAAAAUGGGACAGAUGCAGAGAAGAGACAAACCCUCAAGGCUAAUCGCCGGUCAAUUGACAGGCUGUCUCAGCCGAAACAGAUUCGAGAGAAGCCAGAAGCUGAGGCCAAGGCGGAAGGAACUCCCGCUCCUAAGAAGUCGCCUAGAACACGAUUGUCGCCUAGAAAAUCUUUGUCCACCACAAAUCUUGCCACUGGUGCAAGAAAGCUGCCUUCCAAGCCUAUCCUGAAGGACAAGUCUAAGGAAGCACCUGCUGGAGCUCCUCAUGUUGUGAUAGAGGACGACAAGGCAGCCAUGUCUCGAUCUGCCCACGAGACCAUGUCCCGGUCAGUGAUGGACAUCUCGUCCAAGCCCAUGCCGGACAUCAUGUCCAAGUCUGUGGACAUGUCCAGCAUGUCCAAGUCCACCCAGGACAUCUCUGUGGAGGAGUACAAGGCCAAGCUUGCUGAGAAACGUCGUCAGGCUCGGGAGAAGGCUGAGAAGGAGGCAGAGAUUGAGAGACAGAGGCUUGAGGAGGAGAGGCGGGUAGAGGAAGAACGUCUAAUAGCAGAAGAAGAAGAGCAGCGUCGCCAGGAGGAAGAGUCCCUGCGUCUAGCUGAGGAGGCUCGCAAGGCUGAGGAGGAGAGGCUCAGGAAGGCCAUCGCGGCUGAAGACUCUCGCAAGAGGGAGGAGGCUGAGAGGCUGGAACAGGAUAGGAUCGCUAAAGAGGAGGCAGAGCUGCGAGCCAAGGAGGAGGCAGAGAGGCAGGAGAAGGAGAGACAGGAGCGGAUGAAGAAGGAGGAGGAAGAACGUCAGGAGAGGAAGAAGCGUCUUGAGAUGAUUAUGAAGAGAGUCAAGACUGACGGAAGUGAAUCACCUAAGACUCAAUCUCCUGCCAAGUCAGCCACUAGCUCCCCCAGCAAGAGCGGCGAGUCAUCGACUGAGAGUUCAGCCGAAGACGGCACUGAGGAAACCAUGACGACAACUGUCACAACAACCGGUAGUGUGACCAACAUCGUCACCACCAUUUCAUCGGAAGACAGCAGACCUGACUCAGGUCCCAGUUCCCCCCGUGGGUCAUCCCCCCUCCCCUCCACACCCAGUGAGAAAGCCGAGCGUCAAGAUGGAGGUGACACACCCAAGUUCCGUUCCCCCCUGCUCCAGCAGCUGGUGGAGAACAAAUCGUCCAGUAGUUCCUCCGACAGACCCAAGUUCAAGUCACCAUUGCUGCAAAACCUCCUCGGCAAGAACAAGCUUGGUGCUAGGAACAAUGAGGAGAAAACCGAAGAGAGGAAGAUGGAGAGUUCUCUGGUGGUUAAUGGGAAGCAAGGGUCUGAUACUGUGAUCAAUUCUACGUGUGAUACUGACACUAGCUCUGUGAAGGAGCAGCUGAAAUAUGAUGAUGCUAGUGAUGAGGACAAAGAUGUCGACACGUCCCAGAAAAGCGAUGGGCGCAGAGACUCGACAGAACACAUUGAGGACUUUCCUCUGGAUGUAGCUGUGAAAGGCUCGACUGAGAGUGCUAGUGUCAAUGACUUGCAGGAGAACAAAACUGAAGUUCCGUCAGCCACCGACUCUGGGAUCCUCCUGGACUUAGGUACCAGCAGUUCCAGCCUAGCUCCCGGACCUGUCAACGGCCUCUCUCAUAACGGAGACGCCAAGGAUCUGGUGGAUUCAAGCAUUAGUAUGAAAUCAGUGGAGAGUGUGACAGCCUCCAUGAACGAUGGCAUGACAGAGAGCGGACUGGUCACCUCACAGAACGACUUUGAGGAAAUCAUCGACCUGUCGGUUACCAAUAGCAACAAGAACAUCCAGCUGAACUGCGGGCAGGAGUCUAGGGGAGACAACUCUGAGGAUCUUCUCAACUUUAACAACCUGGAUGGUGCCAGUGAGGACAACACCAACAGAACACCUUUAAUUGCUUUUGAAGAAAACUCAGCAGCCAGACAAGAUGUCACAGAUCUCCUCUCAUGAUCCCAAGGAGGCUGAAGGCGUUUCAUCUCAGAAGGAGGCUGCCGAACAGACUCCCAGCCAAUCACAUUUAGCGACUGAGCCUGGGUCUCAGCCUCCUGCUACACAGCUGUCCUCUGCCAGCACCAAUCUGACCUUCAUAGGCUCCGACUCUGUGCUGCCUCCGCCAGCUGGGGACAGUCAUAUGCUUACUAUUAACAUGGCUGACGAUUGCCACUUGGACAAGUUAUGGCAGCAAACAGAACAACUUCUGAUGCAGAAACAGGGUAACGUGCGGCAAAUACUAGAGGAUUAUGGGAUAGGCGAGGGAGAGGAUGGGGAGAGCGAUGAAGCCCAACUUUGGCAAACCGUGGAAAACGGAACCGGUUGUAAAAACGACCUGGUAUAGAUAAGGCAUACAGUGUAGCGACAAUCUAACUUAUUGAAUAUAUACAGAGGCGUUAUCUGCAACAUAGCUGUAUUGUAUGGAUGUCCAGGGUAUAUCACACUCCUAUCUACACACUUCCUAACCAAAGUUCUAUUGGUGCUUUGCCAGCUCACUCGACCAAGCCAGUUGUCAUAAUUCAAGGCUGAUAAUUGACUUUGAGUUGUGUUUGAAUUCAUUCCAAAUUUUGAUUUCGGAACCACAGGCUCAAAUGAAGCAUUAUCAUCAUCAGGAAGAUCGAUGAUCUGGUGCUAUAUUAUUCCAAAGUACUUUUUUUCUAUAAUAUUCCUACAAACAUUAUACCUCCAGGUUUAUGAAUUCGUACAAGUACUGUGAUAUUUUAAUUGUCCAAAUUUAGGGUAAAUUCCUUUGAAGUACAGUUAGAACUGGUUGCUACAUUGUAUGUAUCUAUCAGAUUUGUUAUAUGUAAAUAAUUCAUGAUGUACAAAUGUAGAUAUGAAUCUCCAACUGAUGCAGUCAGAUUGUGUGUAAACUAUCCCGGACGAAUACGAGUCUGUGUAUAUGUGACAAAAACAACUGUACAUAUAGUCUCACCAUGACUGAAAUGCCACAAAUUAUAGUAGGAUUACAAGUAAAAACAUUGUCUUUCAUUUACAAAUUUGGUGUCAGAUUUGAUUUCAAGAUUAUAGAAAUUUGUGUCUAGUUUUUACCUAUGAGGUACACAGUACUUAAUUCUGUUAAAUUUUGGAAAUACUUAAAAUGAGUAUUUAUAAUUUGGAAAUACUUAUGAGUAUGUUAGAAAUAUACUUAAUUGGGGAGGAUUAUUAAACGUGAUUGUUCUUGCUGAAGCUGUGUUGAUUGCUCAACAAGGAAGUAUAGUGCUUUCUAUUAUCUCAGCCUGAUGCCCUGACCUCCACAUCUGUGCAAUAUCGCAUGUUAAUCAAUGAUCUGUGGACGUAUACACGUGUAUACAAAGAUCCUGUACAUUCUGUAUAUAUGGUAGGCCUAGGUUAGACUAGAAUGCUUACGAAACUUAUAAAAAGAAUAAAAAGUAUUGUAGAGCUUGUAGAGAAAACAUGUAUGUUCAAUUUUGCUGCCAUAACUUUUCCCCAAUGUGGAGGAAGACACGACGACUUGAGUGUCAUUUUCUUCAAACACGUUUCAUGGAAGUGCUUGUGUAUCGACGCCAACAGACACAAAGACGAGGGAAUCACAUUCUGAUGAAGAAAAGAUGUUAUCGAAUGUUAUUUGUGACAGGAUGUGGCUCGGAUGUGCAUGCCGCUUGCCGCACUGUGAUAAAACUGUCCAAAACAAUUUCAUAAUGUAUGGAUUUCCAUGUUGUGUGUAUAUCCGAGAUUGCCCGUCGUUCGGUUGUAAUACUUCGCUAUCUCCCAAUCAGUCGUGUUGUGCUCUAGUCGGGAUCUUUGUUCUCCAAGUAUUGUUUGUCUGUUACCAGACCAGGAGAUGCUGAUCCAGGCAAAAGGGGCGUUACAGCAUAUCAGGGGGGGCAGUUUGUGAACGCUGUAACUGUACUGUAGCAAUUCUUGCUAACUGCCAACUUGUCUUGAUUAAAUACUUGUUUUCUUAUCCGAUUUGUGUGUUUCAUCAUUAUCAAUUCGAUGAUGGGUUUCUUUAUUCUGCCAUUUGCUUUCACACAUGCUAUAGGGUAUUCAGUUUGAUGCUUGUUUGGGGCUGAAGUUCAGCCAAAUGUGGCCCCAAACCUGGAUUCUACCUGAAAAUAGUACCCUGUGCUGUGGAUUAUUUUUUCCAUUAUAGACAUUCCUGUUAGUGAACUAGUUGCAGUUUUAUAAAAUAUAUACGUUUGUAGAAAAUCAAAAUUGCUUUUGGGAAACAGCUCCAUGUGUUGGAAAUCAUACUUGCCAUUAGGAAACAUGUUCUAAGGUAGUAAAACUGAAACAACAUGCAUUUUAAUGUUUUUCUAGGAACACAUUAUUUAAGACAUUUUAAAUCAAAAUUUUCACAUCUCUGCUUUAGUGAUCUUGUCAGAGGAAUUAGACUCAGGGAGACAGAAUAGAAUUGUUGAUUAUUUGCUGUAAAGUCACUUUUGUUUUGGGUCAGAUGAUGACCUGGGGGAUUCUGGUGUUUUGAUCCCAAACAAACUCCACCAUGUUUUGUAAGAAGUGGUCAUUUUUUUCAGUUAGAGGUGACAUGUAAAUCGGUUAUCGAAAUGUGCAUGCAUUUAUGUAAAUAACACUUUUAAUGUUAUUUUAAAAAGAAAAAGUCAUUAAUUAUUUGCUAUUUGUACAGAAUGAGCUGCAGGUUAGAAUUGCAAAGUAAAAUCUUUGUGAUAUACCCACACAGCCUGCAAGUAUUGAUAAGUUAACGUAUGUUGCAGCCAUUGCACUGGAUGUUGUUUAUGUGCUUAUUUCACCAUGGUCCAUUGUUGAAAUUGAUUCCAAAAGGUGAGUCUUUUCAAUGAAUAAUAUUGUUAAACUAUGAUAUGUAUUACAGUUGGUGCCCAUUGCAGUCAGGCUUGUUAAGACUAAGACUGUGUUGAUAGAGCGCAAAAGUGCUUGAUUUCAGUGCAAAUGGGUUGACUUUGAUAAUUUAUUUGGUUGUCAAAUGUGAUUGGUUAACUGAUAGUCUAACAUGAUCAAAUUGUGUUUAAAUGCAUGUAAUAAAUAUGUAUUGUAGAAUAACUCAGUGGUGUAUUGGUCUCCUGCUUGCAUAUCAGUCCUGAGACCAUAUUUAGAUAUCAAGCAUAAUUCAUGUAUUACUGUAUCUGAAAUACCCCAUACAUUUCAGUCAACAUUUGUAAUGCUCUAACAUAUUUCUCAUUCGGUGUAACUAAAUGAAUGUGAAGUAAUUAGCUAAGCUGGUAAAACCUCAAGAGGUUAUAUAAUCAAUCAUACAACAAAAUACUCAGAAACUAACAAGUGUGUAUUUGAUCUUUAUUAGCAUAUCUAUAAAAUCAACGAUAUCAUAGGAUAGAUUAAUAUAUUUCCAGAAAGUCUAUUUAGUUUAUUUAGAGAUAAGUUUUAGGUUUUAAAGAUUAGGGUAACUUUAUAUAUUUUUGUCACCAGAGAAAUUGUUUAUAUUAGAUAUUCUUUCAAACACUAUUUUUAUCCUUAUUUCAUAUUUGAACGACCUAAAUUCCAAUUUAUCAAAUUCUGUCAAGGAGAUUAUUUUGAAUAGUGCUUGCCUCUUAAUGAAACACCUUGACCUUUGACACUAGGGAUGGAUGAAUGCAACUUGCUGUUUCUACUUUUGUACAUCUAUGAACCUCUUCAGUUGUUUCAGCGUGUGAGUUGGUAAAUGGGUUUUGUAAGAAACUGCAGGCUAUUUACUUUUCGCAGUCAUUCUUUUCGCUCGUGUAAAUAGCCGAGGGAGUCAGUUCUGUAAGCAUGUCAGCCAUAUUAACUUUUCCUCAAGCAGUUGGCUUAUUAGGGUAUAUUAUAGCAAAAUCACUCAAAAACUCCCUAAUGAUUUAUCCAUAACAAAUUAUUGUUGUAAAAGUAAUUUCCCAUUGUUUUGAUACUAAAAACAAUGAAAGUAAUCUUGAUAUUUAUUCAUUUGAAUUGACAUAUGUAUAUAUCAAAGCCUCCUGUUUGUAGGUAUAAGAAUGUAUUUAAUGGUUCAAGUCAGUAUGAGAUCCAGUUUUGUAGGUUGUUGGUUAACUUGAUAAUCUGAGUGUGAAAUGCUUACUCUGAAAUUUCUGGCAAUGUGAGUUGUAUUAUGGAUGUGAUGACACAACCUCUGAGUGCGUGGGUGUCAGUACUUGGUAUCCUUACCAUGCUCCAAUAUUGUGUUGUCGUAAAUGAUAAUUGUAUAGGCUACCAUGGAAAGCACUUUAUUUAUUUCUCAAUCUGGAGUCAACAUCUUGAACUGUACUAAACCAUGCUUGCCGGUCUGAAGAUUUUACUGCAAUAAACCUGUCGUAAAUUAUGAA